CAUCAUACUAAUAUUUAUUUACAGACACCUUGCGUGUAAUUUACAUAUUUAUGUUAAAAGUUUUGCGAAUAGUUAAGAGAAUGUCAUCUUCUGUUGAUGGUCCUGUCGGAACAGGUGAAAAGCUAAGCAAGAAUGAGAUGAAGCGGAGGGCCAAGGCUGUUCAAAAAGCUGCUGAAAAAGAGGCCAAGGAGAAGGCUAAGCCUGCUGUUUCUGCAGCAGCAGCAGAGGCUAAGCCUAAAAAGGAAGCAGUUGAUGAAGAAAGCCUGGAUCCGAAUCAGUAUUUCAAAAUGAGAUGUAACAAGAUUUUGGAAAUGAGAAAGAAUAAUUUAGAACCGUAUCCUCAUAAGUUUCAUGUCGGUAUGUCCCUCACUGAUUACAUUGAAAAGUAUGAUUAUGUGAAAGAGGGCGUGGUGGAGGAGGGGACCACUGUCAGUAUCGCUGGACGAAUCCACGCAAAAAGAGAGUCCGGACCAAAAUUGAUAUUUUACGAUGUGCGCGGUGAAGGUAAAAAGUUACAAGUUAUGGCGAACGCUAAGUUUUAUGAAUCCGAAGAAGCUCAUUAUGAAAUAAAUGAGCGUACGAGGCGUGGGGAUAUCGUAGGGAUCAGAGGUCAUCCAUCACGCACAAAGAAAGGUGAAUUGAGUAUUGUCCCAGUUCAUUUGGAAAUUCUUUCCCCUUGCUUGCAUAUGUUGCCACAUUUGCAUUACGGACUCAAGGACAAGGAGACACGGUACAGGCAGCGUUAUCUUGAUCUAAUCAUGAAUGAGGACGUUCGCAAGAAAUUCAUCAUCCGAGCUCAAAUUAUCUCGUAUAUUCGUUCGUUUUUUGACAACAUGGGAUUCUUGGAAGUCGAGACACCUAUGAUGAACAUGAUAGCUGGAGGUGCAACUGCAAAGCCUUUUGUUACACAUCACAAUGAGUUGAACAUGGAUUUAUUCAUGCGUGUCGCGCCAGAAUUAUAUCUCAAAAUGCUUGUAGUGGGUGGAUUGGAUAGAGUUUACGAAAUUGGUCGAUUAUUCCGUAAUGAGGGAAUAGAUAUGACACACAAUCCUGAAUUUACGUCUUGUGAGUUUUAUAUGGCGUACGCAGAUUACGAAGAUCUCAUAAAGAUCUCGGAAGAACUUAUUUCUGGUAUGGUAAAGCAUAUUCACGGAAGUUAUAAGGUUGUCUAUCACCCUGAUGGCCCUGACGGUGAGGCAGUGGAAGUUGACUAUUCCCCACCAUUUGCACGAAUUCGAAUGUUGCCGGAUUUGGAAAAGGCUAUUGGUAUGAAACUGCCAGCCGCGACUGAAUUACACUCAGAAAAAGCUGCAAAGCAAUUGUCUGACAUUUGCACCAAAUUGGACGUGGAUUGCCCACCACCUCGGACUGCUGCACGCUUAUUGGACAAGCUUGUCGGUGAUUAUUUAGAAGUGCAAUGUGUGAACCCAACAUUUAUAAUAGAGCACCCACAGAUUAUGAGUCCGUUAGCAAAAUGGCAUCGCAGUGUCCCGGGAUUAACAGAACGCUUCGAAUUAUUUGUAAACAAAAAGGAAAUUUGUAAUUCAUACACAGAGUUAAAUGACCCAAUUGUGCAACGGGAGCGCUUUGCACAACAAGCAAGUGACAAAGCAGCGGGCGACGAUGAGGCUCAGAGCGUUGAUGAAAAUUUCUGCACUGCUCUUGAAUAUGGUCUUCCACCGACCGGGGGCUGGGGAAUGGGGAUCGAUCGAUUUGCAAUGUUCAUGACGGAUUCUAAUAAUAUCAAAGAGGUGCUCCUAUUUCCUGCCAUGAAGCCUGAGGAAGGCGUGGACUCAUCCGUCGCUGCGGGUGAUAAGUUGGAUGCAAAACAAGACGCAAAGAAAUGAUUUACAUACCAACUAAAUUACAGGGUUUCAAGACAAUAUGGCGAAUGUUGACAUUCACAUAAAUUUUUAUUCGAAAAUAUUACAACAAAAUAAGUAUCAGACUGGCAUCUACACAUGAAUCUAUCAGAACAGCUUUUCCGGGUUUCCUGCGUCGAAUAUUCAAGUAUCAUUGGGAGAUUUUGGUCGUGAUGGUUUUUGCAUGGAAUACUUUGAAUCAAUGACAAGUCAAAACCAAAUGAAGGAUUUAGAUUUUAGGUUUUAAUACCAAUUAGCUUGUGUAGGAAUCGUUAGGUAGGAAAUCCUCAACUUUCAAUCGGCACAUCAGUCCAUAUUUUUUAAACAACGCUUAUUCACACUUUUUUCGUAUUCAAAAAUUCAAAUGAAUUGAAAUUUGCUUUUGUAGGUUUCUAAUCUCUCCCUAUAUAGUGUAACAAUCUUCUAAUUAUUGGAAAGCUCACUUUGCAGUGUACAUAGCAGUCACUUGAGCCUCAAUGGGAUCAAGUUUCCCUCAAUACUGAGUAGGGUUGUUGUGACCUGUGCUAAAACCUUAUGCCUGACACUUGUAUCAUACAUUUUUCAUUGUUUGCAAAUCACAAUUUCCAUAUUCGAAAACUACCUAUCACUCGAAUUUUUUUGAGCCAUUUUCGCUUACGCUGAAUUUCCAAAUCUCUUAACAUCUGUUUGAUUGCUUUUGAUUUUUUUUUGCUUUAUUUUCUGCGUAAGGGAGCAUUCAGGUUUUAAAUGAUCUUUAAUUAGAGAGUAUCUAAAGUUUUUCUGAGUUUAAGUUUUUGUUGGAAACUAUUAGGUGUUAGAAUAGAUGUGUGUGUGUUUUAAUAUUGGAAGGUUUAAUAAACCAGGGCUUCCAAACUGAAGUCCCGCAGAGGGUUGCGCAGCGGAAUUUAGGAAUGAAACUUUCUAACGUGAAAUGUGGUCAUGGGAAAUUCAUGUAUUGGAAGGGGGCCGUGAGCUCAAAACCUUGGGAAGUUAUGGUUUAAAUAAUUAGUUAAAACUGUCAAAAAAUUAAAUUUUCAUAAAGAAUUUUUGAUUGAGAAAUCAAAAUCCCAUCAAAUCUUGUAAUAUUAACCCUAUUUGUUCCAAAUUUUUUGUUCUAUUUUUAAUUUGAUUAUCAUUUCAUUGGCUGUUCUGAUCUUAAUGAAGCAGCCAUGGAUAUAUACUAAUUUUGAAAGUAGUACAAUCCUUUUGGUUAGGCUUUAUCGUAUUCAUUAUCCUAUCCUUCCUCCUAUCCUAUCCUUCCUCCACCAUCAAGUCCAUGCUUCAAAAAAACAAAUAACUGAAUAACUGGCUAACUAAUCCCAUACCUGACCUGGACUGAUAACCGGACGAGAGGCCGUGGUUCGCCAUGUCAUAAAGCCGUCUUAUCGGCUUUCUUCUCCCCCGGGAUAAAUAUGUACGGUAAAUCCUAUCCUAUACAUUACACCGCUGGUGAAAUAGACUGAGGCAAGACUUACAUAAUGACUCCAUCAGUGCGAUAUUUUUCGUACCAUCUUAUCAAUAUCAGCAUUACCAGGCUCAUGUUAAUAUCCUGCACAGUACAUUUCAUAGUGUGAUCCUUAAAACAGAUCUAUGAGUUUUUCAAUUUUAUGAAAAUUUGUUUAAUACUAGAAUAUCUGUUUGUGUAUGAUUGUAAAGUUUUAGUAAACUAGGAUGCUUUGUACAAAAGUUAUGUUCUAAGCUGAACAGUGGUUUUCUACUUUUUUGAUUUGAGUAGAAGUCUAACAAAACAUUCCUUAGGUUUGGGAAACCCUCUGCAACAAUUGAAUUGUCUUUUAGUGUCUGAAUUGCAUAAACUAUUAAUAUGUAAAUGAGAUAGCGAUCAGAGGCCGCCGACUUAUCGGCGUGUAUCCUUCGCUCUGAUUCAAUAGCGACACCAUGUGUCCUAUCACUAAUUAAUUAAUAACUAGCUAAUUAUACGACA